GCCCGGCUCCGAGCGGUGAGAGCUAGCGGCAGGCGGAACCGACGCCGCAAGACCGGGAAAGGGAUGUUGCGGGUGUUGAGUUCAUGCAGGAGGGGCUUGGGGCGGGGGGAGGGGAGGCCCAGGGGCACCACCAGCCGCUGACCUCAGGCUCUGCCCUCCCCCUUCGCGCUUCCUCCCUCUUUCCAGAUGUGUCGGGACGGGAGGCAGGGCAGGGGCUGGGCAUUUGGGACACCUGUAUUUCCCUGGAGACUUCCUUCUCCCCCCCCCCCCCCCCCCCACCCAAUAUGUUUAUCCCGUCUUCCAGAUGUUCCUUUUCAUAAGACUGUUGCUUCUUGCUUGGCAAAGGGCACUCUUUCUACCUGGAAGCAGAAAACGGGGUUUCAGACCUUGGCCCUGCCCCUCCUCUGUUAAAGUCCCCGAACCUCAGUUUCCACCACAGUGUUUUUUGCUUCGCUUCACCUAGUUUUAAAGAUCAUUAUGACACAGAGAAACAGAAAGAAAAUGGACAUUUGUUGCGUCCCUGCAAGGCCCAAGUACUGUGCAAACUGCUUUAUUUGUCACAUUUAGUCCUCAUUAUUUGGUGUUCUUAGAACCACCCUUCACCCUCCUUCCCUUCACAGAUCCUUAAGCUCACAAAGGUUAACAGAUUUUUCUCACAUAGCCAGUGAGUGGCAGAGGAGGCUUCAGACUGAACCGUUUUUGCUCCAAAGUGGAGUUCUUUUCAUCAGACACUUCCUUUGUCUAGGCUAUUGGCUGGAAUUGUUCUUCAGCCAAACCCUAACCCCAGAACAGCUGCUUCCUCAAUUUCUCCCCUUGAGAACUCUCCAUUUGGGUUCCGUUUUCGAGCACAGUGUGCUCUACUUUGCUUCUGCAUUGAUCACAUCAGAAAUGAAAUACAGCAGACAUUUUUUGAGUGGUGCAGGGGGAUGAACUUGGAGUCAAGAGCCUUGGGUUCUUGUCCUGGCUCUGCCACUAUUGGCCGUGGAGCCUUGAGCAAGUCCCCUGUCUUUUCAGUGCUUUAGCUUCCCUUUGAAUAAAAAUGGGUAAGUGCCUUCUGACUCUCAGGCUCUUGUCCAGUUCUUCCUUCCUGUCCUCCAGCAGGCUCUCCGUGGAGGCCCGGACCCCUCUCCUCCCCAUGGGCAGCUGCCAGGCAGGGCACAACCUGCAUCUCUGUCUCGCCCACCACCCACCUCUGGUCUGUGCCACUUUGAUCCUGCUGCUUCUUGGCCUUUCAGGCCUGGGCCUUGGCAGCUUCCUCCUCACCCACAGGACUGGCCUGCGCAGCCCUGACAUCCCUCAGGACUGGGUCUCUUUCCUGAGAUCUUUUGGCCAGCUGACCCUGUGCCCCGUGAAUGAGACAGCCGCACGGAAGUCGCGUGGAUCUCACGUUGUAGGCUUACUGACCACCUUGAACUUCGGAGAUGGUCCAGACAGGAACAAGACCCAGACAUUCGAAACCCAGGUCCUGGGUAGUCAUAUUGGAUUGAAAGGAUCUUCUGCAACAGAGCUCGUCCUCAUUACAGCCAGGGUGACCGCAGAGAGGACCCCAGGAACCUGCCUGUAUUUUAGUGCUGCCCCAGGAAUCCUGCCCGCCAGCCAGCCCCCCAUAUCCUGCUCAGAGGAGGGAGCAGGAAAUGCCACCUUGAAUUCUAGGAUGGCUGAGGAGUGUGUCAGGGUCUGGAGCCACGAAGGCCUUGUGCUCACCAAGCUGCUCACGUCGGAGGAGCUGGCUCUGUGUGGCUCCAGACUGUUUGUUUUGGGCUCCUUCCUGCUUCUCUUCUGUGGCCUUCUCUGCUGUCUCACUGCUGUGUGCUUUCACCCGCGCCGGGAAUCCCACUGGUCUAGAACCCGGCUCUGAGGGCGCUGGCCUAGUUCCCAACUUGUUCUCAGGUGUGAAUCAACUUCUCUGGCCUUUGUUCUGAGUUCGAAGAGAUGUUACAAAAAAUGGAGAGCUGGAAAGUGGGGGGAAAUAAAAGGCUUUUUUGCCC